AUGACCACUGACAUAAGUGCAAGUAUUUCGCUUUUCAAAUCUGCACAGGAAGUUUGGGAGGCCGCAAGAGACAUGUUUGCCUCUCUCAACAAUCGUGCAGCAAUCAUGGAGAUUGAAGCAGCCUUGGACAAACUUAAACAAGGCACUUUAACCGUUACAAAAUUCUGGACAAAUCUAGUAUUAUUGUGGCAACAACUGGAUAUGUAUGACACCUAUGAAUGGACUUGUCCUACUGAUGCCCAGCUCUAUGCUAAAAUCAAGGAGGAGAAAAGAAUCUACAAGUUCUUGCUAAGUUUGAAUCCAGUGUUUGAUGAGAUUAGGGGACGUAUCAUGAGCUUUGAAAAGCUCCCUUCUCUACAUGAAGUCAUGGUGAAGCAAGAAGAAAGCAGGAGGAAACUUACAGUCUCUGUACAGCCACAGCAACUUGAACCAAAUUCGAGUGCUAUGUACACCAAGGGUGGCCAGUCAAAUGAUGGAAAAGGGCGGAAAAAUAAUAGAUGGUGUGAUCACUGUCAAAAUCAGGACACACCAAAGAAGUAUGUUGGAAAGAAACCAUCAAAUAGAGGUAAAAGCAGAGGAGACUCACAGGCUAACACAGCUAAAAUUGACUCUGAACACUGA